ACAGGAAGCGAAGAUGGAACACAUGUCUGGGGAAGAAUGUCAAACGCAGUAAGACAAAACAAGAGGUAAUCUGUUAUGCACAGCAGCAUUGACAGACAACAUGGUUGAGCCAAUUUUCGACUACCAGUUCAGACUGAUCCUGAUAGGUGACAGUACCGUGGGAAAAUCGUCGUUACUGAAAUAUUUUACAGAUGGUAAAUUUUCCGAGGUGUGUGACCCGACUGUAGGUGUUGAUUUCUACGCACGUCUGUUGGAGGUGAAGCAAGGUGUCCGGGUAAAGUUACAGCUUUGGGACACCGCAGGGCAGGAGAGAUUCAGGUCAAUAACCCGAUCCUACUACCGUAAUUCUGUAGGUGUUCUGAUAGUGUUUGAUUUAACCAAGCGACGCUCCUUUGAGAAUGUUGAUGGUUGGCUGAAGGAAGCACGUGCCCAUAUAGAGCCAUAUGAGGCUGUUUAUAUGGUGGUAGGACAGAAGGCUGACUUGGAGGAUCAACGUCAGGUUACACAUAGAGAGGCACGCCUCUACGCAGAGACUAACUGUCUCCGCUACAUUGAAACAUCAGCAUUUUCAGGACAGAAUGUUGAAGAGGCAUUUCAGUCUCUUGCCCAUGAUAUUCACGAGAAACUGGAGGAUGGCUCCAUUAAGGUGGAGGAGGGAUGGGAUGGUGUGAAGAAUGGAUUCGCACGUCCCAAAGAAUCAUUCCAUGUGAUGGAGGGGGAGCCAGAAGGAGGAGGCUGCUGCUGAUGACAAUCAGACUAGGACUAGUGUCAAGUCCAAAUGACAUUAAGUAUUUUUAGGUGUGAAGGUCAAGGUUAAACUGUUGUUAACAAAAUGUCAAAAUGUGUAAUUAACAUGAAAGGUCAGACUGUGUAGAAUUAAUAUAAAAGGUCAAACUUUAGUUAAUACCAAAGGUCAAACUGUACAGUUAAUACCUAAGGUCAACCUGUACAGUUAAUACCAAAGGUCAAACUGUACAGUUAAUACCAAAGGUCAGAAUUAAAGUUAACACAGUAGAUCAAACAUACAUUUAUAUUAUCAGGCAAGGCUUGGACAACAUGGUUACAUUCUGUAAAUAACAAAUGCUUGUGUGUUUAAUUAGUAUCCUCAAUAUCAAAUGCACCUUGAGGUUGAAUUUCUGAAUGCACAAUGAAUGCAUUUGCCUCAACAUGUCGGGAGAAAAUACUAUGCUUAAAUUUGUCUUGGCCAGGAUAUAUAUGAAAUACUUUAGGCCAUAAAAAACAUGACUUAAUCUGUUAAGGUUUAGGAAAAUCAAGUGAUUUGGUCAAAGAGAUCAGAAAUAGUCAUAAUAAUUUAACCUAUAUAGGUUAAUACAUCAGAAAAAUGAUUACAGUUUUCCAUUAAAAACAUUAACAACGGUAUGCUUCAUCGAAAAAUGAUCUGUUAAGAUUACUGAUUUUGAAAUUGUAGUGACUUCCAGAAAUAGAAGGGUGUUUAUUCUUUCUAGUUAGAGCUAAGAGGGCUGGGAUGUUGACUCUUAAGUUAGAGCUAGGAUGCAUGGGUGUUGACUGUCCAGUUAGAGCUAGGAUGGGUGUUGACUGUCCAGUUAGAGCUAGCUAGGAUGGGUGUUGACUGUCCAGUUAGAGCUAGCUAGGAUGGGUGUUGACUGUCCAGUUAGAGCUAGGAUGGGUGUUGACUGUCCAGUUAGAGCUAAGAUGAGUGUUGACUGUCCAGUUAGAUCUAGGAUGGGUGUUGACUGUCCAGUUAGAGCUAGGAUGGGUGUUGACUGUCCAGUUAGAUCUAGGAUGGGUGUUGACUGUCCAGUUAGAGCUAGGAUGGGUGUUGACUGUCCAGUUAGAGCUAGGAUGGAUGUUGACUGUCCAGUUAGAGCUAAGUUAGAGCUAGGAUGGAUGUUGACUGUCCAGUUAGAGCUAAGAUGGGUGUUGACUGUCCAGUUAGAGCUAGGAUGGGUGUUGACUGUCCAGUUAGAGCUUGGAUGAGUGUUGACUGUCCAGUUAGAGCUAGGAUGGGUGUUGACUGUCCAGUUAGAGCUUGGAUGAGUGUUGACUGUCCAGUUAGAGCUAAGAUGGGUGUUGACUGUCCAGUUAGAGCUAAGAUGGGUGUUGACUGUCCAGUUAGAGCUAGGAUGGGUGUUGACUGUCCAGUUAGAGCUAGGGUGAGUAUUGAAUUGAGUUUGAUUUAGGAGGUGUAUUGACUCCUUUCAAAUUUGGGACAAGUGUACAUGUGUUAUCAGAGCUAUUUCAUUAAGUUAGUAGGGAUGUUAACAACUUAAUUUGAGUUCAAAGGGGUAUUGACUUCCUUGUUUUCAGUUAAUUGAGAUAUAAGCAUGUCCAAAGUUUUAGUCGACUUGUCCUCCCAGAGGGUAUUGUCUCCCAACUUAUACAGGUGUAUUGGCUCAUCUGAAUUUGAGUUAUUUACAGAAAUAUUAUAUGUUACUGAAGCACUCAAGUUUGAUCAUUAUUUGGAGAAGGAAAGGAUUGGCUAGCUUAGGUUAAAUUUUAAAAAAUCCAUUUUUUUUUUACACGUUCAAUACCAAAUAAAUAGAAAAUGGUCUAUUACUUCAAAAUUACUUAAUUAUUUCCAUGGAUCAUUGUCCUCAUAAUAUUCAUCUGGAAGUAAUUUUUUGUCCUAUAUAGGGCAUGUAAAAUUAUUAGCCUAAUAUACAACACACUAAUGGAGGUGUAUAUACUCAGACAAAAAGAUAUAUAAUUUCAUUGUCCUUAUGUAUUUUAUCUUUAAGCUGACUGAGUAAGUUAAAGGGAGUUUUGGUGAGCAGAGUAGUGUGUGUACCUUAUCUGGAUCAUUCAGAGAAACCUUGAGCUUCUGUAAUUCUGAUGAUGAUUAGGUAUCUUAUAAGUUAUAUAAUUAACUUUUUCAGAUUCAGUGAUGCUUGAAAUCAAAAUAUUUAUGUUUGAGUAGGACCCCUCCCCCCUCCACAUUGAUGUCCUGAAACCUGCCUGAACAGUUAAUGUGUCAUUGAAUUGAAGGAGUGUAUAAAACUUCCAUAGACCAAGGGAGGCAACUCCAAAUUGUGAUGUAAUAUAUAGUCAUGGAUGUUGUUCAGUGCAUGUCUGUACUACCACAAAAGUUAUAUCCUCUCCUCUCACCUAACUCAGUUUCUCUCUACGUUCAGACUUACAUUGUCUGUAUCCAUGUCACCCAUAUAACUGUAACAAGUUUCCUAAAAUUGAUUUUCAUUUACUCCAUGAACUCAUCUAACUGUUUGUGCUCCUGUGUAUAGAGGUCGGGCUGGGGGUAGCAUGUGUUAGUACACCUGUGUAUAGAGGUCGGGCUGGGGGUAACAUGUGUUAGUUCAUAGUGUACUUAGAACACCUGUGUAUAGAGGUCGGGCUGGGGGUAAUAUUUGUCAGUUACCUGUGUAUAGAGGUUGGGCUGGGGGUAACGUGUUAGUACAUAGUGUACUUAGAACACCUGUGUAUAGAGGUCGGGCUGGGGGUAACAUGUGUUAGUACAUAGUGUACUUAGAACACCUGUGUAUAGAGGUCGGGCUGGGGGUAAUAUUUGUCAGUUACCUGUGCAUAGAGGUUGGGCUGGGGGUAACAUGUAUUAGAACACCUGUGUAUUGAGGUCGGGCUGCGGGUAGCAUGUGUUAGUGACCUGUGUAUAGAGGUCGGGCUGGGGGUAAUAUGUGUUAGUUACCUGUGUAUAGAAGUCAGACUGAUAUCUGGGAGAGGGAUAAGAUUUUCCUAUGUAUUUCACUACAUUUAUUAUGUUGUGCAAUGUAAUGCCAAAAUGGAUACCAGAUGAACUGCAAAUAAUGGUCAUUUACUAAUAUACUAUAUAACAGUCCCAGAGGGUAAUUUUUAAGCAUGAUGUAACCACUGACACCUUUUUAUAUUUUAUUCAACUAUUCACAUUUUCUCCUAUAGACCCAGAGAAUGAGUUAUUGAUUAGCUAGGCAAUCCAGAGAGUAAGUUACUCAUUAGCUAGGCAACCCAGAGAGUAAGUUACUAUUCAGCUAGGAGAUCCAGAGAGUGAUCGAUUUACUAAUUAGCUAGGCAAUCCAGAGAGUAAGUUACUCAUUAGCUAGGCAACCCAGAGAGUAAGUUACCAAUCAGUUAUGAGAACCAGAAGUGAGUUACUAAUUAACAUGGAAACCAAGAGAGCAAGUUACUCAUUAACUUGGGAGACCCCGAGAGCGAGUUACUCAUUAACAUGGAAACCAAGAGAGCGUGUUAUUCAUUAACUUGGAGACCCAGAGAGCGAGUUACUCAUUAACUUGGAAACCAAGAGAGCGAGUUACUCAUUAACUUGGAGAGCUACCGGGCGAGUUAUUCAUUAACUUGGAGAGCUUGAGAGCGAGUUACUCAUUAACUUGGAGACCCGAAGGGCGAGUUACUCAUUAACUUGGAGACCCAGAGAGCGAGUUACUCAUUAACUUGGAAACCAAGAGAGUGAGUAACUCAUUAACUUGGAGAGCUAGAGGGCGAAUUACUCAUUUACUUGGAAACCAAGAGAACGAGUUACUCAUUUACUUGGAAAGCUAGAGAGCAAGUUACUCAUUAACUUGGGGACCCAGAGAGUGAGUUACUCAUUAACGUUGAGAGUUAGAGAGUGAGUUACUCAUUAACUUGGAGACCCAGAGAAUGAGUAAUGCAUUAAUUUAGUAACCAAGAGAGUGAGUUACUUAUUAACUUGGAGACCAAGAGAGCGAGUUACUCAUUAACUUGGAAACCAAGGGAACGAGUUACUCAUUAGCUUGGAGAGCUAGAGAGGGAGUUACUCAUUAACUUUGAGAGCUAGAGAGCGAGUUACUCAUUAACUUUGAGAGCUAGAGAGUGAGUUACUCAUUAACUCGGAGACCCAGAGAGCAAGUUACUCAUUAGUUAGGAGACCAAGAGAGCGAGUUAUUGAUUAUAAUUAGCUGAAGGGAAUUAACGUAUAAUGAUAAGAUGAGUUUUGUUAUGUGUUGCUGUGUGCCACUGUUAUAUGUGUGUGACCAUAUGUUGGUGUAUGUGUGAAUUGUAGAUACUAGUCAAGCAUGUGUACAUCCACUUUUCCAUAUGCCUGUCUUUUAUAUACAUUUUGUAUACCAAAGUA